CACACCGACCGAGGAGAGGAGGAGAGGAGGAGGGGAGCGGAGAGGUCGGUGAUCGGGGCGGAUCUGUGAGGGGAGAGGAACCGGGACAGGUCAGUCUGUAUGCCGCCACCCACUGGACCCCAUAAUGUAGGCUUAGGACGCCGGCCCUACCUUCCCGUGAUGCUCCAUCCGCCAAUGGCCUGUCACCAUCUGCAGAGAUGACGGCUAGUGAUCUGCGGGGGCGUGCCUUCUACUGCCGAGAAUGGGUCUUACAGAGGCUUCAGCACUGUCUGGAGGGGCUGGGGGGAGCGCAGGCCCCCGGUAUCAUAAUCACAGGGGCCCCUGGCGCAGGGAAGACGGCCUUGUCUACCGAGAUCCUCUGGCCGUCUUCGGAGGCAGGGAAGAACUCUCGCCUUGGCCCCCGUGUCCUGGCACACCACUUCUGUCAGGCGCACACGCAUUCCAGCUUGGACCCGCUGCACUUUAUACACAGCCUGGCGCGCCAACUGCGCCACAGCCCGCUCAUCAAAGGCUACCGGGGAGAGGCCGACGCCGAUGCGUGUAAGGGUGAUCUGACCGAGCUAUUCAAAAGGCUGGUCCUCUUGCCCCUGGCAGAGCUUCCUCCUCCUUCCCAGAACCUCUUGCUGCUGGUGGAUUCGGUGGAUGAGACGUGCUGCUGUUGUCGUUCAGAUGGAUUUGGGGCGGAGUCCAGCUGUACCAUCGCGGAAUUGCUGGCCAAUCACCAUGAGCUGUUCCCGCCAUGGCUGCUGCUGGUGUGUACGGCGCGGAGGCAAAACAAGACCGUCACCAGGAUGUUUACAGGUUUCCGCAGACUGUGCCUGGACGACCUCCGCAAAGCGCACAUCGUACGCGACGUUCAGCAGUACAUCCUGUGCCGCCUGGACUGCGAGGAGACCCUGCGGCAGCACCUGACCCUGGACACCGCCGAGAUGCUUAACCAGCUUCACAUAAAGAGCAACGGCUGCUUCCUGUACCUGAAACGCGUACUGGACGGAGUGUCCGAGGGCACCAUCCUCCUCCGAGAGGUCCGCCAUAUCCCCGGCACUCUGAACGGGCUAUACCUGUGGCUGUGCCAACGCCUGUUCUCCGGGCGCCAGUUCUGCCAGGUGCGGACGCUGCUGAAUGGCGUCCUGGCGUCGCCAUCUCCGAUCUCGCCUUCCCAGCUGCACAGAGCCGUGUGGACCAAACAAAUGAAAGGCUGGAGCACCGAGGACUUUAACAAGGUCUUGGAGUCUAUCUCCCCCCUGCUUGGCCCGGCAGGGGUCUCUCGAAGCGGGCUGGUGCUCUUCCAUCACAGCUUCUCAGAGUGGCUGCUGGACGUCAAGUACUGCACACAGAAGUAUCUCUGCAGCAUACCCGAGGGCCACAGUAUGCUGGCCAUGAGCUUAUCAACAAGGGCACCCGACCUGUCCCCCACCGAGGUCCAACAACUCGCCAGGCACCUCUUGCUGUCUGAUCUCCGAGGGCUGGACCCAUCUCACCUGGCUCUAUGGCUUUUGUGGACCAGGGUGCCCGUGUCGGACUGCCUGGCCUCGGACAUUCCUCUAGAACUAGAAGUUUUGCAACUGCUGCUCUUGGCAAAAUCCACAGUAGAUGGAGUUUCGGCUGUAGAAGACUCCGGGGCUCUGAGAAGGACCCUGGAGCGUGGCGGCUCUAUGGAAAUGUUAUUGGACGGUGGAAGCAGCCUCAACAAACAGGAUCGAGCGGGACGGACCUUGCUGGCUGCAGCUGCCCAUGCUGGGAACCUGGAAGUCGUGACCCUAAUGAUUUCCAGAGGAGCUAGUCUAGAGUCCACGGAUGAAGAUGGCCAAACUCCUCUAGGCCUGGCAGCUCACCAGGGCUACCUCUGGGUGGUUGAGAUCCUUCUGCAACACGGUGCCCGUCAUGAUCACACGGACAGUCGGGGGUGGACUCCCCUGCGAGCUGCCUCUUGGGGAGGCCACACAGAGGUGGUGGAAGCACUUCUUGCUGCUGGAGCUCAGCCUGACAUCUCUGGCUGUGACGGACGCACCGCACUCAGGGCAGCGGCCUGGGGAGGGCAUGAGGGGCCCGCAAAGGCCCUGCUAAGAGCUGGAGCUGGGAUAGACCAGGCUGAUGUGGAGGGCAGGACUCCCCUCAUGGCUGCCGCAUAUAUGGGCCAUCGCUCAGUGGCAGAACUCUUGCUGGAAUCUGGGGCUAAUGUGAAUACAUGUGAUUUAGAGGGCCGGACUGCCCUUGCCGUAGCCUGCCUGUGCAUGCCCUCUGGGAACACCUAUCCGGAGAUGGUAUCUCUGCUUCUGGAACAUGGUGCAAAUCCAGAGCUGGAAGAUAAAGAAGGGGUCACACCACUACUGGUGGCUGCUUAUGAGGGGAAAGAAGAGGUGGCGGAGCUUCUGCUUGAGGCGGGUGCUGACCCUGAUAAACCUGGCAAAGGUCAUAUGACGCCGCUACUUGCCGCCGCCUUAGGGGGCCACGCUGAAGCGGUGCGGGUCCUGCUUCUAUGGGGCGCUGCAACUGACAUUAUGGACACGGAGGGGAGGACGCCACUCCUCUUGGCAUCUGCUGCUGCUGGAGGAGAAGAGGCCGCCAGGGUCUUGCUGGACAGGGGGCUUAACGAAAAUCACCAAGACAUACUGGGAUGGACUGCACUUCACUGGGCCGCCUGUGAAGGACGGAAAAAUGUGUGUCGCACCCUGAUAGAAGGAGGAGCCAAGCUGGGCAUGAGAGACAGCGAGGGGAACACCCCGCUCCUGCUGGCAGCUCAGGAAGGGCACACAGGCUGUGUAGAUUUUUUGAUUAACCGCGGGUCCCCGGUAGACCAGCGCGGCAGUGACCAAAUGACGGCUUUAUGCUUUGCUGCUCUCGGGGGCCACAAGGGCACCGUGAAAUUACUACUGAAAAAAGAAGCAGACCCCGAUGUUAAAGCCAGUCAAGGAAAGCCCCUCCUGUACCUGCUGGCCCUGCAAGGACUGACAGACGUGGUGGAAAUUUUGCUUGACUAUAGAGCCAACCCCGAGUUAAGAGACUCGGAGGAACGCACGGCUUUGCACGCCUCCUGCUGGCAAGGAGACUGGGAAAUGGCACGGAUUCUUCUACAAAAGGGUAAAGCCAACUGCAAUGCCUUCGACAAGGAAAGGAGGACUCCGUUACACUGCGCCGCAUGGAGAGGGCAUGUCAAUAUCGCCCACCUUCUUCUAGAGAACGGGGCUUUUAUCGAUGCACAGUGUUCACAAGGUGCUACCCCUCUCUGUAUCGCCGCCCAAGAGGGACAUGAAGAGCUGGCCCGGGUGCUGCUGGAGGAGGGCAAGGCUAGCCCCUUCCAUGCAGACCAUUAUGGCCGGACCCCAAUAAGGGUUGCAGCCAAAGGAGGACACAUGGCAAUUGUAAAUCUCUUGGAGAAACAUGGCGUUCCACCAUACCAAGGCUUGAUAGGAAAGCGUCCCCAGAAAGACACUAAUCACAAGGAAGUGGUGGAAGGGACUGUUGGUAGCUGGUCUACCCUAUCUCCAGUGUCCACAGGUAGCCAAUCACUGGACAACUCUCUAAAGAGCUCCAAAGGAUCAAUAUUAACAUCCUCCACCUACCACUCCCAGGCGACUGUGCCGGCAGACAGUCUAACUUUUACUCAGCAGGUUCAGCAGCACUCUCUUCCUCGCAGCCGUUCCCGUCAAGCCGUGGCCCUCACCGGCAUGCUUAGUGGCCCGGUUCCUCAACUUAAGACCAGUCACAUUUCAGGCUUGGAUCAGACCCCCAACCUGCAUCAAGAUCUUUCCCGAUCAGACGUGAUUGGUGCUCCCUCUCAAAACCCAAGUUCCCCUGAGCGGGAUUCAAAAAGGAACGGGAUUCUCACCAACCCAAAAUAUGGAAGCCCCACCUAUUCCCGUUUCAAGGCAGGAGAUUAUGCCCCUCCUCCAAACAGGAACUCCAGCGCCAGGUCUUGCAGCAGGACAGCAGACCCCGGGGAUGACCAAAAUAAGAGUUCUGGAUAUUCUUCAAGCCAAGCUGGCACCGAGAGGGAACUCUCCUUCCGAAAGACUGUGGACUCUGCCGAAAACACGAAAAAUAUUGUGCAAUUUGCCGUUAAAAGCGGGAGACCGGUGCCUUCGCCCCAGAUCAUUGGGACUUCUAUGUCUUCUCCAAAGAAUAGUCCCACUUCUUUCACCCCCUCCAAGAAAACUGUGGAACCUGUUUAUUCUCCAAAUAAGUCCCCAAAUCCUAUGUCGCCCCCUUCAAGGUGCGAGGACCCAGUCUACUCUGCAAAAAAGCCUGUGGACUUUGUAUACUCUCCUAAGAGAACUGCAGACGAGGCGUCCUCGCCCACCAGAACCACAAAGGACUCGCCGUUUUGUGGGACCAGGGACCAAACUGGCUCGCCGAGCCCAUUGAACUCUCCAGUUAUCUCCAUGACCACUAUGGACCCUCAACUCCACCUCAAACAAGCCAUCAAGCUGCAAUUCGAGGGUCGCACAUGCGGGUUUAACUUCAGGAAGGAGACUCCGCUGUGAGGUCCUGAACCAGAAUCGGCAUGGCGGAGAGCCGUGGUGUGACCUCGGGGAUGGUGCGGCAUCAUGGAAGAAGGAUAGCUUGUAUCCGAGGAGCAGAGACUUCCAGCCUGACGAGGUGGUGCCAUGUAUGGCUAGGGCAAGCUUUGCCAAGCGCUCCCCCUCCCCCCAUGACUACUAAUGGAACUUUGGAAAUUGUACUUUUUUUUACUGACCACCUCGAGUAUUUCAGAACUUCUGUCACCGUUUUAUACGUCAUCAUCAGAAUGCGAAAGUUCUAUAAAUACCACCAAUAAAAGUGCCUUCUGUUAUUAAUGAAAA